AUGGUAGUUUCAGAUAUGACAAUCGUUUCAUUAAAGCCAUCGACUAUUACUACUAAUGUCACAGAGGAUCGGGAUGAUAAUGAUGCGGUACUACCGGUUAGCCAUAACUAUCAACUGUGUGACUACGACCAGCUACCUGAUUGGCUACAGGACAACGACUACCUGCGCUCUGGACAUAGACCUGCCCUGAAAUCAGUACCGGUAUGUCUACGGUCGGCAUUCCGAUUGCACAGCGAAACCGGUAACAUAUGGACACAUGCAUUGCCAGCCCUUUGGUUUGCCCUGAUGUUUGCCAUCAACGGUACAACUGUUCAUCCGAAUCAACAACCCGUAGACAACCUAUUGAUCGGACUGUACUAUACGGGUGCCAUAGUAUGCCUGUCCCUAUCGGCAAUGUUUCAUACACUAUGCUGUCAUUCCCGUCCAGUUAGCAAACUAUGCCAGAAACUAGACUAUAUGGGUAUAUCCAUACAAAUGCUUUUUUCAAUGAUACCCGCCCUCUACUAUAUAUUCUAUGGACAACCCGGUGCUCAACUAACAUAUAUAUUAGCUGGUAUUUGCAUGUGUACGGUAUCGACUGGUUUGUCUGUAUGGGACAAGUUUGGCGAACCAGACUACCGACCGUUUCGUACGGUCGUAUUCAUGGGCUAUGGACUAUCAAAUCUGAUACCAAUUGUUCACUGGCUAAUACAAAUGGACAGUCGUCUACUGGUAUCGUUCCUAUUGGUUAUAACACAGGGUUCAUUGUAUACAUUGGGUUCACUAAUAUAUGUUUGUCGACUACCUGAGCGCUAUGUACGCGCUGGACGUUGCGACUAUUUAGGUCAAUCGCAUCAAUUGUUUCAUUUGAUGAUAGCACUGGCACUUUAUGUACACCUGUGCGGUAUUAGUAGUUUAGUUAAUAUUAGACUCAAUAGUAAUUAG